CCCCCCGCACGGCGUUCAGGGGCCGGAGAUCUCCGUCAGCCGCCCCGACCUCUCUUCGUCUUCAUCGUCUCGUUCUCUCGCCUCUCCCAACUUUCUCUGAGGUUCCCUCUUUCCCCGCUCCCUCGCUCGUCCUCUGACUGGAGGGGGGUCCUGAUCGGAGGGGGGGGGGGUCACUGAUACAGACUCCAUAAGGAACGGACAGCCGGGCAGGAGUGGAGAAUCUGCGGAGGACUCGUGUCUCUCUCUUCCUCUUCCUCCUUCUUUCUCUCCGCCUCUCUAUUUAUUUAUUUGCACUUGUUUUGCCCUGGCACACUCCUCCCCCCAUCCCUCUAUCUCUACCCAUGCAUUUCCACCCCCGUCCCCAUCCCAGCUCCCCCACCUCCCCCAACAGCAAGAGAUAAUGUGACCUUCUGCCAAAGAGCUGGAACCCAUGACUCUCUCCCAGCAGCCCUGCAAUACUGAAAUAGACUCAAACAAGUGAGGACAGAGAGAGUGUGUGAGAGGGAGGGAAGACAGAGGGAGAGAGAGAGGGGGAGAGAGAGAGAGGGAGGGAGGGAAGAGAGGGAGCGUGAAAAAACAAAAAAGGAAGGUAGAAGCCACAGACGAGGAAUGCGUCUUCGGGAGACCGGGCUGGAUGCGGAGAGCGGACGCAGGUCGUAGGUGGCUGAGAUGGGAGUUCCUUUAGGGCGGUUGAGCGCCUCCCUGUGGCCGUUGCUGCUACAGCUGCUCUGCGCUGCCCCCUGCUGCCUGGGCCGGCCGUUCGCGCCGCCGCCGCCGCCCGCGGUCAACGUGGCGGUGGUGUUCAGCGGCUCCGCCUACCAGACGGAGAUCAAGGGCCGGCUGAGCCGGGAGAACUUCCUGGACCUGCCGCUGGAGGUGAACCCCAUCACGGUGCUGGUGAACAACACCAACCCUCGCACGCUGCUCACGCGCGUGUGCGACACGCUGGCCUCCAGCCGCGUGCACGGCGUCGUCUUCGAGGACAACGUGGGCUCCGAGGCGGUGGCGCAGAUGCUGGACUUCAUCUCCGUGCAGACGGGCGUGCCCAUCGUGGGCAUCAGCGGUGGGUCCGCCGUGGUGCUGCCGUACAAGGGCGAGGGGUCAGCCUUCCUCCAGCUGGGCUCGUCCAUCGAGCAGCAGGUCAACGGGAUGUUCAAGGUGAUGGAGGAGUACAACUGGGACAACUUUGCCGUCAUCACCAGCCUGUACCCCGGGUACGAGGCCUACGUGGACUACAUCCGCUCCUUCACCGACACCAGCUACUUCCUGUGGGACCUGCAGGACGUGCUGACCUUCGACAUGUCGGAGGGGAUGAGCGACAUCCGGGCGCGGCGGGUGCUGCAGCAGGUGGACGCGCAGGUGCUGCUGGUGUACUGCUCGCACGACGAGGCGCGCUUCCUGUUCCGCAUGGCCGCCGACGUGGGCCUGGUGGGGCCCGGCUACAUCUGGAUGCUGCCCGGCGUGGCGGUGGGGAACCCGGACCUGCCCCCCCCCGACAGCUUCCCCGUGGGCCUCAUCAGCAUCAUCACCGCCCGCUGGAAGCUCAGCCUGAGGAAGAGGGUGCGGGACGGGGUGGCCAUCGUGGUCAAGGGCGUGCAGAGCUUCCGCAAGUACCAGGGGCCCCUCCCGGAUGAGCACGCAGACUGCCGCGGGGGCCCCCGGGCCCCCAGCAACAACACGCUCUUUAGGCAUAUGCUGAACGUGUCCUGGGAACACAAGGACUUCUCCUUCAACAGCGAUGGUUACCUGAGCAACCCGUCCAUGGUCGUCAUCACCCUGGACCGCGAGCGCCAGUGGGACAAGGUGGGGGACUUCGCCUCAGGGAUCCUGCAGAUGCGCUACCCGGUCUGGCCGCGGUUUGGGAGGUACCUGGAGGCGGUGUCGGAUAACCGGCACCUGACGGUGGCCACGCUGGAGGAGCGGCCCUUCGUCAUCGUGGAGAGCGUGGACUCGGCCACCGGCACCUGCGGCAGCAACACUGUGCCCUGCCGCCGGCAGUCCAACAAGACCGAGGCCAUCGUGGGCCACACGGAGCCGUACACCAAGUUGUGCUGCAAGGGCUUCUGCAUCGACAUCCUGAAGAAGCUCUCGCGCAACAUCAAGUUCUCCUACGACCUGUACCUGGUCACCAACGGCAAGCACGGCAAGCGGGUCCGCGGCACCUGGAACGGGAUGAUCGGAGAGGUGGUCUACAAGCGAGCCGACAUGGCCAUCGGGUCCCUGACCAUUAACGAGGAGCGCUCCGAGAUCAUCGACUUCUCCGUCCCCUUCGUGGAAACGGGGAUCAGCGUGAUGGUCGCCAGGAGCAACGGCACCGUCUCCCCCUCUGCGUUUUUGGAGCCCUACAGCCCGGCUGUGUGGGUGAUGAUGUUCGUCAUGUGUCUGACGGUGGUGGCCGUCACUGUCUUCGUCUUCGAAUACUUCAGCCCUGUGGGAUACAACCGCAGCCUCGUCAGUGCCAAAGAUCCAGGGGGCCCCACCUUCACCAUCGGGAAGUCAGUCUGGCUGCUCUGGGGCAUCGUCUUCAACAACUCCGUCCCCAUCGAGAACCCCAAGGGCACCACCAGCAAGAUCAUGGUGCUGGUGUGGGCCUUCUUCGCCGUCAUCUUCCUCGCCAGCUACACCGCCAACCUGGCAGCCUUCAUGAUCCAGGAGCAGUACAUCGACACCGUGUCGGGGCUCAGCGACAAGAAGUUCCAGAAGCCCCAGGAGCAGUACCCGCCCUUCCGGUUCGGCACGGUGCCCAACGGGAGCACGGAGAGGAACAUCCGCAGCAACUACCCGGAGAUGCACGCGCACAUGGUGAAGUACAACCAGAAGGGCGUGGAGGACGCGCUCAACAGCCUCAAAACAGGGAAGCUGGACGCCUUCAUCUAUGACGCGGCCGUGCUGAACUACAUGGCGGGGAAGGAUGAGGGCUGCAAGCUGGUGACCAUCGGCAGCGGGAAGGUCUUCGCCACCACCGGCUACGGCAUCGCGCUGCAGAAGGAAUCGCCCUGGAAACGGCCCAUCGACCUGGCGCUCCUCCAGUUCCUGGCCGACGGCGACACGCAGAAGCUGCAGACGGUGUGGCUGACGGGAAUCUGCCGGAACGAGAAGAAGGAGGUGAUGAGCUCCAAGCUGGACAUCGACAACAUGGCGGGCGUGUUCUACAUGCUGCUGGUGGCCAUGGGCCUCAGCCUGCUGGUCUUCUCCUGGGAGCACCUGCUCUACUGGAAGCUGCGCCACUCCGUGCGCAAGUCCGAGCGCCUCGACUUCCUGCUCGCCAUCAGCAGGGGCAUCUACAGCUGCUUCAGUGGGGUGGAGGAGUCGGACCGGGACGGGAGCAUGCAGUCCCCGGACAUCACCGGGAGCUACUCGCAGGCCAACAUGCUGAAGAUGCUGCAGACGGCCAAAGACCUGGUGUCCUCUACGCGCGUGGAGGACUCGCUGGACCACGCCACCCGCGCCAUCGAGAGCUGGAGUCGCCGCGGCGACGGCAUCCGCGUGGGGGCCCCGCCCCCCCGAGUGCCGGCCCUGGAGAUGGACCCGGGCCGCCUGCCCUACGUCUCCAGCGUUACCGCCAACCACUCCCCCGGCCCCCAGCGCGCCCAUCACUACGGCGACGGGCACGCCCACACCAUGCUGGAGAGGCACGGGGCCCUGGCGAGACCCACCCCCCUUCGCUACACCCUGCCCGCCCGCGGGACUCACCUCUACGACCGCACGCUGCCCGUGUCCAGCCUCAGCAGCCCCCACAUCGCCAUGAGGGACCCCCCCGCGCCCGCCGCCGCCGCCCCCCUCCAGGGGGGGGCGCUGUACAUGGAGUCGCCCCCGCUGCAGCCCGUCUCCCCCUUCACCUCGUACCGGGACGUCCCGCUGUCGGAGGUGUACAUCGAGCAGGAGGGGCCCGUGGGGCGCAGACUGUACCCCGAUGGCCCCGCCCGGAAGAAGCGGUCCCACAGCUUCCUGGUGUCGGACCCGGACCCCCGGGGGAGGCCCGAAUAUGGCGGAGCGCCCGCCUGCUUCGCCGAGCUGAGAGCCAAUCACCUGCUGGAGAACCACGCCCCCACCAGCCUGCCCGGCGUGGGCGGGACCUACCCCCGCGGGCCGGGCCCCAGGUGCGGGUCGUGCGCCCGCCCGUACGCGGACCCCGAGCUGGACGAGCUCCCCCUGCUGGGGCGGGACAGGCUGAACCGCCGCGCCUCCUUCCUGCGGGCCACCUGGGGCGGCGACCGCAUCCGGCAGCUGGACGAGCCGCCGCCGGGCGCCACGGCCCGGAGCUCCGCCCCCGGGCCGCCCGACCUGUUCCCCCGCGUGGUGGUGGCCAACCCCUCCCCAGGGAAGCUGUGCUCCAGGGCGGGGGCCGGGCUGUGCUACCCCGUCCCGACGGACCACGCCUACCCCAGCACCGGCCGGAGCGACCGGCACAGGGCCCACAGGUCGGCCCGCUCGCCCGCCGCCCGCCCCGCCGCCACCCGCCUGCCCUCGUACGGCGAGGCCAUCCUGCAGAACGCGGCGGCCCUGCGCCGGUCCUCCACGGUGGUGCACAGACAGUUCUCCACCUACCUGAACUCCUACGCCGACCUGCCCGUCUACCUGGGCCCCGCCCACUUCUACCAGCACUCGCGGGAGACCUGCGACCUGUUCCCCUGCGUGGGCACUCUCAGGGCUGUUACACUCAGACCUUCAGUCUCAAGCGUUUCCUUUAUUUCCCUCCUCUCUCCCUUUUACGGCAGGAACCUCGCCCCAGAACCAGAACCGGAACCAGAACCGGAGGCGGAGCCUGAGCGACCCCCAAACCCACCCCGGAAGAGGAACCUGUUCCUGAAACUCAUCCCGGGAGACAUCGAGGACAUCGAGGCCGAAUCCCUGGACAAACCCCAACCGGAGGAGGAGCCCGUCGCUGAGACAGAGCAUAACGAUGACAGUGCGGAGCACGACUUGUCCCCAAAGUACAGCCCUGGGAAGAAGAGGACCACCCAGUUUGAAGAGAUGAUGACCAAGGAGGAGCUGGAGGAAGAGCAGAGGGUGCAGCAGGAGCAGCUGGCUGCAAUCUUUCAGCUACUGAGGGAAAACCAGGAGACAUUCGGCGAGGUGACUGAGGGGGACGUGGAGGAGCAGCUGAAACUCUACUCCAUUUAGAGAGGGGAGCCCCCAGACAGACUGCAAGGGGGGGGGGGGGCUGACUGUCCUCCUGCCUCAGCUGUGUUCUCAUUGGGACAGCUCCCCUCUCCUUAUUUGGACUGCUCUCCAUGGCGACGAGCCAGAUGACAUAAUGGACUGAAUGUGAAAAACAGAUGUGAUCUUGUCCAGUUUAGAACAGCUCAGAUUACAUGCGGUGUGGAGUCAUUAGAGGCCCAGGUGCAAGCAGAAGAGCACAGGUUUCACGGCAAUACCUUCUACCCAAUUUCUAAUUAAAUGACGACCCUGGUGAGAGAUUUUAAUGCCCCACGCAGUAAAUUUGGUUGAGAAUCGACAACGAUUACGAGACUGCCAACAAAGUACCUCAGUGGAUCAUGGCACUCAGAGUUCUUAACGUCUUGGACUGGCAUCUUGGUAACCUGAGAAUCAACUUUCCUCAGCCUUCUAAGCCCUUGGUUCACAUAACACGGCUGUGGCAGCUAGGCAUGGUUUAUAUGGUGUACUAUUAGCUAAUUAUUCCUUUCCAUAUCAUAACUGAGGAGUGGGUGAUCAGUUUGUUUCCAUGGUGAAUUGUGCAAGAACUACAGAAACUCUGAUAUCAAACACAGACUGAAAUGCGGAAGACGGAAGACGAACGAGGAAGUAGUGUCGUUCCUUCAGUGCUUUUCGAGAGGCUCUUUAUCGUUACUUUUUCUAUUAGCAACUGAAAUGACUGUGAGCGUUGGAGGGCAAUCACCGGUGGUCCUGUGGGGCACCUGGCAGUCCACCGUAGAUACUGUGCCAUUGGCACGGUGUUACAAAACCAUUCACUUCAUUACAAACAGCAGGCAGACGCUCUUACCCAGAGCCACACGCAGCAGUGCAGAACAGCAGUGUUACUGUCAGGAACACAGAGAUGCAGUAACACGGUCUUUGUACUGUAACUGUAGAGCCAGGAGACAGAUAAGCCCUUUACAAACUGUGCUUAUGGCCUACACCCAGCUCUCUACCUCCCUGGACACACCCAUCCCAUUUAUUCCUGUCCUCCUGUCAAUCAUGCCUGUGUUCCCACAUAAAAACGGCACUGUUUACACAUGGUAAUUUAUGUAACCUGGAGGGGGUUAUCCAAAUAUGUUAAGUUCACAGAAGCCACCGUGUUUUAAUGUAUCCAUGUGGCUAUGGUGAUCUAUCAUUUCAGAAAUUAUGUCUGGUGCUCGUUCACAUGCGACACUGUGGAAUAUGGAAAUAAACUCCCUU